CAUGCACAUGUGUGAUUCCCUGAGCUCGGGGCUGGUGCACACGCGUGUGUGAUUCCCUGAGCUCAGGGCUGGUGCACACAUGUGUGUGAUUCCCUGAACUCAGGGCUGGUGCAUGCACAUGUGUGAUUCCCUGAGCUCGGGGCUGGUGCACACGCGUGUGUGAUUCUCUGAGCGCGGGGCUGGUGCACACAUGUGUGUGAUUCCCUGAGCUCAGGGCUGGUGCGUGUGUGUGUGUGAUCCCCUGAGCUCAGAGCUCUCCUACCCAUGGGGCUGUACCAGGCCUGGCACCCAGUGCCGGGCUGUCUGCAUGGGGGCAUCCCAAGCUGACUGUCCCCUCGUGACUAAGGACUAGGGAACAUGCGGGCAGUGUUUAUUCCGGAAGGGGCAGAGGUGGGGCCCAGAGGACAUCCCGAACUGGCAACCCUCGUGGGGAAGGAGAACGUGGGCAGCUGAGGGCGGCAAGCCAGGCUGCAGGGUGCCAGACUUGGCAAACAGAAACAAAGGAAUAACUUUCAUUAAUCAGAAAUUAACGGACAGCCUCAUUCCCUGAUGAUGCUAGGUAAGUGGGGCCUUACUGUGUAGCCUGUUACAGGUGGGUCUAAACCCUUACUUCUCAACUGCUGUCCUGCAAAUUUAAUUUUUUGUUCCCCUCGUUAGGUUACAGUUCUUUUAAAUGUGAGCAUCUGAAUCUCUCGCCCGUGGGUGGCUCGGCACCCUGCAGUUCAGAAGCACUUUUAUGUCUGGUAUUUCACAACUGUUAUAUUUGUGCAUCUAUCAAAAGCUGAAAUCCACUAGGUUCAGUCACUUGCCUAGUAUAUCAGUUAUCUAUUUUAUUUUUAAAAUUUUUAUUGUGGUAAUUUGUGUAUAACUAUCUAUUUUAACGACUUUCACAUACCCAGUCCAGUUACCCAGGUAUUUAUUACACUCAGACGCUCUGCUGCCAUCAGCACCAUCCAUUCGUUGCCAAAACUUUCCCAUCACCCGGAACACAAACGAUGCACCCGGGAGCAGAUCCCCACUGCCGCCCGGCCCGUUACCUUGACCUUGUCUGCGUGUGUCGGUUACCUAUUGCUGUGUAACAGGUGCCCCCUGCCGUUACUGCCUUUUAACUUAGGACAGCGGGUGUUAGCUGUCGGGGUCGGUGGAGAGGCUGGGCAGCGCCUCUGCGGGUUUCCAGGCUCCUUCCCGGAGGGCACGAGGCGGUCUCGCUCGGCGUCUGGCAGUGCCUUGGCCCCUGCGCGUGGCCUGGCCCCGCUGCCCCCCAGGAGAGCGACGGCGGAACCCGCCAGGACUUUCCGCAGUCGAGACGGCGGGACACGCGCGGGGACUCUGCGGCCGGGGCCGUGCGGGGCGCCGCGGGGGCGCGCGGCCUGGGAACCCGCCUGGUUCAUUCAUUCUGCGGCCGAGGAGGUUCGGAGCCGGGGGGGCGGGCUGCCGACGGACGGACGUCCGCCAGGGCCAAUCAGCGCCGGGAGUGGUGCGUCCGGGUGGGCGGGGCUUUUCUGCCCCGGAGGCCCCACGGGAGCCUGGAGCACGGCGGGUCCCCGAGUCCCCCCCAGGUCACCGGCCCGGCGUUGCCCCGUGGGGCGCGAUGGGAGGCCGGGGAGGACCAGUCGGGAGGAGCGGGAGGGCAGGCCGGCCGGCCCGGGACCCCCGAGUCCGUGUCAGCAGGAAGAUUUUUUUGGAGUCCCGACCCCAGGCACCCGCUCGGCGAGGGGGCGCGGGGGCUUCCUGCUGCCCGGGGCUGCGCAGGUUGGGAGCCCCGGAGCCCUCGGUGACCGCAGGAUUCUCCAGAGGCCGCCGCAGACCUGACCGCCCAGGCAGGCCGCCCAGCACCGGCUCCGGCUCCGGCUCUGCACAGGAAGACCCCUGGACCCCGGGUUCCUUGCCAGGGAGAAGGUGGAGGCUGUGGGCCAGGCUGAGCCCCCAGCAUGCCCCUGCCUGAGCCCGGUGAGCAGGAGGGCGAGAGCGCCAAGGCUGGCCAGGAGCCCGCCCCGGAGCCCGGCACCGACGUGGUCCCUGCAGCCCCCAGGAAGCCCAAGGACUUCUCCAAGCUCGUGCUGCUCACGGCCUCCGACCAGAGCGGGCAUGGGCUGGGCCCUGAGGGCCCGGGGAUGCAUUGCGUCAUCUCCCUGGAGAUGUCCGGCCCCGGCCCCCUGGCCAGCCCCCUCCAGGAGGUCCUGCCAGCCGAGGAGCAGGAGGCAGUGCAGCCCGGCCCCCAGGCCCCUGAGCCCAAGCGCGGCAAGCUGGACCCAGCAGCCGCCCAGCCCCUGGAGUUCCUGAGGACCCCGUUCGGGGGCCGCCUGCUGGUGCACGAGUCGUUCCUGUACAAGCAGGAGAAGGCGGUGGGGGACAAGGUCUACUGGAAGUGCCGCGAGCACGUGGAGCUGGGCUGCCGCGGCCGGGCCAUCACCCGGGGCGCGCGGGCCACGGCCAUGCGGGGCCACUGCCACCCGCCUGACGAGGAGGGCCUGGAGGCCUGGCGCCAGAGGCAGAAGCCCCCCAGCCACCCAGAGAGCCCCGGAGGUCAGGGCCCUGCCGAGGAGCCGCCCAAGAGUCUGGGGCCCGAGGAGCCCACCCCUGGGCUGGGACUGAGCAAGCCAGCCGCCCCAGACAAAGGGCCCCGGGCCUUGUCACUGUUGAGCCUGCCCCCCAAGAAACGCCCGACGCUGGGGCUAGGGGGGGCCCGGCCCCUGGAGUACCUGAGGACGUGCUACGGCGGCAGCUUCCUGGUACACGAGUCGUUCCUGUACAAGCGGGAGAAGGCCGUGGGGGACAAGGUCUACUGGACGUGCCGGGACCACGUGCUGCACAGCUGCCGCAGCCGGGCCGUCACCCAGGGCCAGCGGGUCACCGUGAUGCGGGGGCACAGCCACCGGCCCGACGUCGAGGGCCUGCAGGUCCGGCGGCAGCAGGAGAAGGCCACGGGGACACUGCAGGCCCGGCCGGGCGGCCCAGUGCGCUUGGACCAGCUGCCGCGGGGCGUGGACAGUCUGCUCCCCUGCAGGGGCCCCGGGCCCCUGACCCUCACCAGGCCCAGACCCAGGAAGCGAGCCAAGGUCAAAGAGCAGCCCCAGGCCCUGCAGGGAGCCCCCGCCAAGGAGGAGGAGGAGGAGCCAGACCCCGACCCAGACCCGGAUGGGGGAGGCCCCGAGUUCCUGAGGACGCCCCUGGGCGGCAGCUUCCUGGUGUACGACUCGUUCCUGUACCGGCGGGAGAAGGCGGCUGGGGAGAAGGUGUACUGGACGUGCCGGGACCAGGCCCGCAUGGGCUGCCGCAGCCGGGCCAUCACCCAGGGCCAGCGGGUGACCGUGAUGCGGGGGCACUGCCACCCGCCCGACCUGGGCGGCCUGGAGGCCCUGAGGCAGCGCGAGCGGCGCCCCGGCCUGGCCCAGCGGGGGAGCCCAGGAGGCCCCGAGUUCCUGAGGACACCCCUGGGCGGCAGCUUCCUGGUGUACGACUCGUUCCUGUACCGGCGGGAGAAGGCGGCCGGGGAGAAGGUGUACUGGACAUGCCGGGACCAGGCCCGCAUGGGCUGCCGCAGCCGGGCCAUCACCCAGGGCCAGCGGGUGAUGGUGAUGCGACGACACUGCCACCCCCCCGACCUGGGCGGCCUGGAGGCCCUGAGGCAGCGUGAGCGGCUCCCCGGCCCAGCCCAGUGGGAAGGCCCAGGCCCCCUCCGGCCUCUAGAGUUCCUGAGGACGUCCCUGGGGGGCAGGUUCCUGGUGUACGACUCGUUCCUCUACAGGAAGGAGAAGGCGGCCGGGGAGAAGGUGUACUGGAUGUGCCGGGACCAGGCCCGGCUGGGCUGCCGCAGCAGGGCCAUCUCCCAGGGCCAGCGGGUGAUGGUGAUGCGGGGGCACUGCCACCCCCCCGACCUGGCGGGCCUGGAGGCCCUGAGGCAGCGCGAGCGGCGCCCCGGCCCAGCCCAGCAGGAGGGACCAGAAAAGACAAAACUUCUACCUAAAGUUCAACCGUGCUUCAAGACUUGUGCUCCCGAAAGCCAGCAGAUGUAUGGGAAAAUCAAAGAUAUAAAAAUAGACAGCGAGUCGCAAUGACGCAGGACCUCCUUCCCACCAAAGCGGAGGAACCGUGCGUACCACCAGGCCUGAAGGAAGCUUCGUGGCUACACAGGACCCGGCACUUUCCGUCCACUUAGCUUUUGCUUGACCAACAUGUUUUUCACUUUUCCAAAGGCGUCGCGAUUUCCUCAGCGUUUCCUCACACAAGCUCCCACGAGAGUGCUCCCUGCUCUCAGGCUGGGGGAGCAGUGCUCCGAGCUGGCUGCUGCACCUGCCAGGGAAGGGCAGCAACUGCCCGCUCCUUCCUCACCCACGGAAGACCCCCGGGAGGGCCACUGGACAGACCCCCUUCCCCAGUCCCAGCCUGUGGGGCUCCUGCCACAAGCUCCUGUCCCUUUCCAGAGCGUCCGCCGACCUGCAGGGCCUCCCCAGCGGGCAUAAGUCACCCGCGGGCCGCUUCCAGCGAGGCGGGGCCGGCCUGGGAGAGCUCCUGGCUUCCCGCACUGAGCUGCCGCCCGCCCCAGGCCCUUGGGCCACCUGCCAGCGGAGCACGCGGUCCCCCACACUCAGCAGACAAGGCCACACCCCGGGCCUCACGGCAGCCUCUGCCCUUUCAUCUGCUGUUUUCCAACUCAAAGUAAGCCCAGGACCCAUCAUCACCACGGCGGGCGCGUCCCUGGGGCUCCGGGCAGCCGCACCGCCGGCCUCGCGGACUAAGGACCCGUCGCGGAGGCACCGGAGGGCGCAUGGUCGGCACCGGGAGCUCACUCCGUCCCCCGCAGGGGGCCGAGCGCCGGCCAGCGGUCCCGGGAGCGCCCCGCUUGCUAACAGGCCGCGUCCUCCGCCGCGAGCUUCUUGUUACGCCGUGUUUCUCCUCCCGGUCCUGCGGGUGCGGCGAGCGGCGCCUUGCACGCUCUCCCACGGUCCCCGCGUGUGCGCUUCCCCCAAUAAACCCCAUUUGACAGC